AUACUCACUGACACUGGAUCACUGGAGCGAAAGCAGAGGCACAGGAGACAAACCUCAACUCCUUCACUACUUUUUUGUGUGUUUGGAAAACUUUGUGUUGUGUUUGUCAGCUGUAUGGAUUCAUUUGUGAGCUGAGAGAUGUUUGUGCUGGAUCAGCUGUUCCCAUAUGCUGCCUGUGGUGUGUAGAAGUGUGUGGGUUAGUAUGUUUGGGAUGGAAAAGUGGGGCUGGCACGACCAACAGCUCUGCUCUUAGCUUUACGCCAUGGGGGGUUGCCAUAGUUACCCCUCGGCUACGAAGGCAGACAGCAAGACUCUUCAGCCUUCUGACAUCAGCAGUGAAAAACUGGGGAUUAAUAACAAUAAUCUGGAGGAGCGUCCGUAUCUGCAGCAGCAGUAUGUGUGCCAGCAGAUCUCACACACAGACGUGUGUGCCCUAACGGCGCUGCCUCCUGGCGUCGACAAGGCAGAGUGGCUUGCCAGUAACACGGUGGCAUUUUUCAAGCAUAUAAACCUGUUCUCUAGUGCGCUUUCUGAGUUCUGCACUCCCAGUACCUGCCCAACUGCCUGUGGACCAGGCAACACGGUUUAUGUGUGGACAGAUGACCACGGCAGGAAGCUGAAGUGCUCGGCCCCACUUUACUUUGACUAUGCCAUGUCAUACAUUCAGGAGCUACUGACUGAUGAAGAUGUGUUCCCCACCAAAGCAGGUUCAGUGUUUCCGACAGGCUUCAUCUUUCUGGUCCAGAAAGUGUUCUUGCUGUUUUUUAGGGCUCUAGCUCACAUUUACUGGUCACAUUACAGAGAGACACUGGCGCUAGGCCUGCACCCACACCUCAACACACUCUUCACACACCUCACACUCUUCUGUCGACAGCACGCCCUGUUGGAGCCGGAGGACACUGAGCCACUGCAGGACCUCAUCACAGCUCUGGGACAGCAAGACUGAACCUGAAGACCAAACACACACACAUUGUAAACUCACAUUUUCAUCACACUUAUAUACUUUUUAUUUGUUACCACCACUUAGGCCAAACUUACACUUACUUCGAAGUAUGUUUUAUGUUGUAAAAUAGAAAAAAAUACUGUUAAGGAACAGUAUUUGGGAGAAAGAAUGAGUCUAUUGUGCUUUAAAAAGCAGCACAUCAGACCAGGAAAGGAGUAUCUUGCUCCUAAUGUAUAUAGCUGACAUCAGUUAUUGUGAUACUGUGUGAAACUGUAAUAUUGCAUGUUAGUGUAUUUUAACAUAAUGAUGCAUUAUUGUAUUUUGUUAAGGUCAAGAUCUUCAAGGUCACUCACAUCUUCCUCAUGAACACAGUAAUAAGAACACAGAGUUAUCCAGUUCUCAGUCACUAUACACAAAAUCAUUAUAUUUUGAACAUUUGCAAAACCCAUAAGGGGCGAUGUGUUGUUACAAAUGUGAUUUAAAUGUCAUGACUGCAUGUGUAUAGAGCAACACAACCUUUUUACACACUCGCACCUGCAUUAUGUAUGAAUCUGUACUCUGUAAUAAACAUUUAUGACAGACCA